CAGAGUACAGUCGAAAAAAGGGAAAAACGGAAAAAACAGUCAGCGGUAUCAACAAUUUUUCCCACAUAGAAUCGAAACAUCGAACGGGAAGAAGCAAAAACCCAAUAAUUUUACGUUCAAAUAUUAAUUUUCGUGAAACUCAUCAUGGGUGAUCGCUACAACAUUCACAGCCAGCUGGAACAUCUUCAGAGCAAAUACAUUGGAACGGGACACGCCGAUACAAACAAGUACGAGUGGCUCACGAACCAGCACCGGGACUCGCUCGCCAGCUACCUUGGCCAUUACGAUAUGCUGAGUUACUUCGCCGUGGCGGAAAACGAGUCUAAGGCACGCAUCCGGUUCAACAUCAUGGAAAAGAUGCUGCAGCCGUGUGGUCCACCGCCGGAGAAACCCGAGGAUUAAUCCAGGUAAUGUUUAGAUUUUUCUCACAAUAAAAUCCUUGUAUUCUGACGUUUUCAGGGUAUUUUAUUUUGCCCGAAAA